AUGGCUGAAAUUGCAGUGUGUUUGGCUAUUGAGCAACUACUUCCAAUAUUAAGAAAAGAAACUAAUUUGCUGAGAGGCAUCCACCAAGAGUUUUCAUACAUUAAAGAAGAACUAGAAAGUAUCCAAGCCUUUCUUAAGGAUGCUGAUAAAAGAGCUACGGCUGAAGGAGACAAUAUUCGUGAAAGCGUCAAAAUAUGGGUGAAGCAGGUAAUAGAGGUAGCUUUUCGCAUAGAAGAUAUUAUCGAUGAUUAUAUCAUCUAUGUGGAACAACAGCCUCGUGAUCAUAAAUGUCUAGCUCUACUCUGUAAGAUUGCUCACUCCAUCAAAACUUUGACCUCUCGCUAUCGGGUAGCAUCUGAGAUUCAAGAUAUUAAGUCAUCAGUUAAAGAGAUUAAGGAGAGAUGUGAAAGAUAUGGGUUUCAAAUCCAACCUACUUUUGAACAAGGACCAAGCACAAGUCAAAAAACCAAAUGGCAUGACCCUCGAAUGAUUGCUCUUCACGUGGAGGAAGCUGACGUUGUAGGGUUUCAGAUGCCAAAAGAGAGAUUGAUCGAUUUAUUGGUAAAUGGAAGACUGGAGCGCACUGUCGUCUCAGUGGUAGGAAUGGGAGGACAAGGUAAAACCACUUUGGCUAAAAAUGUUUUUGACAGCAAGGAGGUCAUUGGUCACUUUCAUUUUCGUGCAUGGAUUACAGUGUCUCAAUCAUAUACAAUAGAAGGGUUGUUGAGGGACAUGUUGCGUAAGUUUUACAACUCUCUCACUUGCGAUAUCACUAAUAUGGAUCGAGGGUCAUUGAUUGAUGAAGUGAGAAACUACUUGAAGAAAAAAAGGUAUGUUAUUGUGUUUGAUGAUGUAUGGAAUGUACAUUUUUGGAAUGAGGUUGAAUCGGCUGUAAUUGAUAAUAAAAAUGGAAGUAAGAUAUUUAUCACAACAAGAAACAUAGAUGUUGCAAUCUCUUGUAAGAAAUCAUCGUUUGUUGAAGUGCAUGAUCUACAACCUUUAACUCAAGAACAAUCUUUAGAGUUAUUCAAUAAGAAGGUAUUUCAAUUUGACUUUGAUGGAUUUUGUCCAAAAGAACUCAUUGAUUUAUCUUUUGAAAUUGUCAAAAAAUGUAAGGGUUUACCACUAGCGAUUGUUGCCAUUGGUGGUCUUUUAUCAACAAAAGAUAAAAACACCUUUCAGUGGAAGAGGUUUAGUGAAAAUCUAAGAUUAGAGUUAAACAAGGAUUGUCAUUUGACUGGGAUACAAGAAAUUUUAAGUUUGAGUUAUGAUGAUUUACCUUACUAUCUUAGGUUAUGCUUAUUGUAUUUUGGAAUAUAUCCAGAAGAUUAUGAAAUUGAAUCGAAUAGAUUGUUUGGACAAUGGAUAGCUGAAGGGUUUGUGAAAGAGGAAAGGGGGAAAACUUUGGAAGAUGUUGCAGAAGGAUAUUUAACAGAGUUGAUUCGUAGAAGUUUGGUGCAAGUAUCUUCAAUCAGCAUUGACGGAAAAGUUGAAUGUUGCCAUGUUCAUGAUUUAAUACGAGUGAUGAUCCUUGACAAAUUUGAUGAUUUUAAUUUUUGCCACCAUAUUAGUGAAUAUGGUCAAUCAUUCUUCAGUGGAACAAUUCGACGCCUAUCAAUAGCGUCAAUCUCUGAUGAUCUAAAGGAAUGUAUUGAAAGUUCGCAUGUUCGAUCACUUCUUUGUUUCACCGAUAAAGAAUUACCUGAACACUUUGUGAGGAGAAUUCCUACAAAAUACAAGCAAUUAAAAGUGAUUGACUUUAAAGAUGUAGAGCUUCGUUAUGUUCCUAAAAAUCUAGGGGGCUUAAUCCACUUGAAGUUCUUAAGCUUGAGAAACAAUAGACAUAUAAAAAGCCUUCCUAAAUCUAUAAGCAUGCUUCAAAACCUCGAGACCUUUGAUCUACGGGAUACAGGUGUUCGUGAGAUGCCAAAGGAGAUUGGCAAGCUACGAAAGCUUCGACAUCUUUUGGGAGACAGAAUGUCUUUGAUCCAACUAAAAAAUUGUAUCGGAUGCAUUACAUCAUUGCAAACGCUUCAUAAUGUUAGUUUAGAUGGAGAUGGAGAUGGAGCUGGAGUUGUAGAGCUAAUUACAGAGUUGGGAAAGUUGAAGGAGUUAAGGGAGCUAGGCUUGGUUGGUGUUGUGAGAGAACAUGGAAGCUAUCUAUCAUCCUCAAUCAAUGAAAUGAAGUGCUUGGAGAAACUAGAUAUUGAGUCAAAAUCAAAGGAAAAAGUCAUUGAUUUGCAUUUGAUUUCAUCUCCACCACCUAUGCUUCGAAAUCUUACACUAAAUGGAAAGUUAGAGAAUUUUCCAGAAUGGAUUCCUGAACUUCAAAAUCUUGUUGAGCUGAGGUUGGUACGCUCUCAAUUAACUGAUGAUCCAAUGAAAUCGCUAAAGAAUAUGAAAAACUUAUUGUCCCUCUUUAUUAGUGAUUGUGCUUAUGAAGGUGAAAGUUUACAUUUUCAAGAUGAAGAGUUCCAUAAACUUAAGGAACUAUGCAUUGCAAAUUGGGAUAACUUGAGUUCGAUUGUUAUCGAAAAAGGAGCAUUGUGUUCUCUGAAAAUGCUUACGUUAUACUAUAUCCCUCAGCUCAAAACAGUACCCAUUGGCAUCCAACAUCUAGAGAAGCUUGAAAUUCUAAGAAAUUGGUAUAUGCCAACUGAAUUUGUGGAGAGUGUUUCUUCUGAUGGAGGAAAAGAGCAUUGGAUCAUAGAGCAUGUGCCCCUGGUUGAAUUCCGUACCCUUGAUGGCACAUUUAUUCGACACUCCAAGACUUAG